AGGUUAUUAAACUAAGAUGUCGUAAUUGUGGGAAAUCGGAUCUUCUAGGGCCACAAAUGAUGCGGGUGUUACGUCGGAAAUUGUCCCGAUUUUCAUUUAAUUCCGUCCUUAUUUGCCUGGUAGGGGUCUUGUUCUUUUCAACAGUGAUUCUCAGCUAUAAGCUCCUUGUAAAUGAACAAUGCCAUCAUGAAAAAAUUGAAAUAUUAAAAUACCAGACAACAUGUCCAAAAACAAAACCAGCACCCUCUGAGCACAAGUUAGCAGUAUUAGUGCCCUUUAGGAACAGAUUUGAAGAAUUGCUUCAAUUCGCCCCAUUCAUCCACAAAUUCCUCACUGACCAAGGAAUUGUGCAUCACAUUUUUGUACUGAAUCAAGUCGAUUCAUUCAGAUUCAAUAGGGCUUCCCUUAUUAAUGUUGGAUACCUAUAUACUAAGAAUGAAUAUGACUAUAUUGUGAUGCAUGAUGUCGAUUUGUUACCUCUUAAUAAGCAGCUGAAUUAUUCAUAUCCAGAUCAACCCUUUCAUGUGGCAGCACCUAACUUACAUCCAAGAUAUCAUUAUGAGAAAUUCAUUGGGGCAAUUUUGUUGAUUAAUAGGGAACAUUUUGCUUUAGUUAAUGGCCUGUCUAAUAGGUAUUGGGGAUGGGGAUUAGAAGAUGAUGAGUUUUAUGUAAGACUGAAGGAUGCUCAACUAAGUAUAAAUAGGCCUGAAAAUGUUACUACUAAUACUAGUAAUACUUUUAGGCACAUUCAUGACAAGACAAGAAAACGAGACAUUGCAAAAUGUUACAACCAAAAGGAAGUGACUAGAAGAAGAGAUCGCGAGACGGGGCUCCAUGACGUCAAAUAUAAAAUAAUAUCGUAUAACGAUCUGGUCGUUAAUGGAGCCCCUGUUACCGUUUUAAAUAUAAAAUUGUUCUGUGAUCGAAACAGCACCCCAUGGUGUGACUGUGACGCCAAAUAAGUCUCUCAAUUAAUCUGCCAUUGCUUAGCUGGUAUUAGAUUUUUAAUUUGUAUGUUGAAAAUAAAUAGAUUCGUUUUGUAA